AUGAUGAAGAGGCAGGACCAGGAGGAGCAGAAUAGGGAAGGGGCCCCAAAGAGCACUGAAGGGAUGGAUUGCGCGGGCAGGGGCGGCCGCAUCCCCGUGACCGGGCGCAGCGACAUGGAGCCGCCCGCCGCGUUCUCCGGCUUCCCGGCCCUGCCCUCGGUCGCGCCGUCGGGGCCGCCGCCGUCGCCGCUCGCCGCGGCCGAGCCGGGGCCGGAGCCCGAGGAGGCGGCCGCGGGCCGCGGGGAGCCGGAGCCCGCCCCCGCGCCCGGCCCGGGGCGGCGGCGGCGGCGGCCCCUGCAGCGCGGGAAGCCGCCCUACUCGUACAUCGCGCUCAUCGCCAUGGCGCUGGCGCACGCCCCGGGCCGCCGCCUCACGCUGGCCGCCAUCUACCGCUUCAUCACCGAGCGCUUCGCCUUCUACCGCGACAGCCCGCGCAAGUGGCAGAACAGCAUCCGCCACAACCUGACGCUCAACGACUGUUUCGUCAAGGUGCCGCGUGAGCCGGGCAACCCGGGCAAGGGCAACUACUGGACGCUCGACCCCGCGGCCGCCGACAUGUUCGACAACGGCAGCUUCCUGCGGCGCCGCAAGCGCUUCAAGCGCGCCGAGCUGCCCGCGCUGCCCGCCGCCGGCCCGCCGCCGUUCCCCUACGCGCCCUACGCGCCCGCGCCCGGGCCCGCGCUGCUCGCGCCGCCGCCCCCCGCCGCGCCCGGGCCCGCGCCGCCCGCGCGCCUCUUCAGCGUCGACAGCCUGGUGAGCCUGCAGCCCGAGCUGGCGGGGCUGGGCGCCCCCGAGCCGCCCUGCUGCGCCGCGCCCGACGCCGGCGCCGCCUUCCCGCCCUGCCCGGCCGCCGCCUCGCCGCCGCUCUACCCGCCCGCCGCCGAGCGCCUGGGGCUGCCCGCGCCGCGCCCCGGCCCCGGCCCGCUCCCCGCCGAGCCCCUGCUGGCCCUGGCCGGGCCCGCCGCCGCGCUCGGCCCGCUCGGCCCCGGGGAGGCCUACCUGAGGCAGCCGGGCUACGCGCCCGGCCUCGAGCGCUACCUGUGA